CAUAGGGGUAGGGUGUCCGUGUGUGCGUUUAUAGGGAUAAGUAUAUGCGCGUAUGUAUGAGCGUUCGCGUCAAAUAUCGGCGCCAAUGUGCAUUGGGCCAUGCAGGGCUACGUUGGUCGCCGAGCAGCUGACCCAAUGCCGGACCUUAAUGCGGGAUAACGGUGCCAGGUACAAUCACCACCCCACCCCGGCCGUCCGAGCUCCCCAGAUUUGGAUGAACUUAGCUAGCUCGCCUCACACACACAGCCAUAUACGAUACGACAACAAUGGACAAGCGGCCAGCAGCGCGAAGGAGGAUCUCAGCCUCGAGCUCACCCUUGCCCUUGCCGUGUGCGUGGCGCCGGCCCGGCCACGCCCCGGCCUCUUCCAGUGCGUCUACUGUGACCGCAAGUUCCGCAAUGCGCAGGCGCUCGGCGGUCACCAGAACGCACAUAAGCUAGAGCGCGCCGUCACCAAGCUCCGCCGGGACGCGUGGAGGGCUGCUGCCAUUUACCGGAUCUCCGGGGAGCCUGCAGCAGGCUCCGUGGCGUACAAGCGCGGCAGGAGCUCAUCGGAGCGCGACCACGAGCUGGACUUGUCUCUCCGGCUGUAACCGGUUGCCAGAUCGAUCAAACCCUUUCAGUAUCCAUGGUCCGCACCCCUUUCCGGUGCUAGGUAUGUUAGAGUCUAGCUACAACCAUUUGUUUCAAGGUCCUGCUGUGUAUGCGUUGGAUUCAUGUCAGCGCUCUUGUAGUUUAUUGGACAUUUGUGUUCAAGGUCUAGACCUUCCUGGUUCUUGGAUUGACACUAUAUUUCGCAAAUCAUCAGACUAUAUCUAUAUGACCUUGGCGGGUAAUGACGUUGCCAGAAAAAUCUGGAUCUAUACAAGUCUGAAUGUUCACUUUAGGGGCAUU